AUGUCUAAAGAAGGACCUCAUCAUCAUGAAGCUUUCUUAUGGGAAAACCAGACAUGGCUUCUAUCCAAUUCCGACAAUACUUCAGCUGAGAAAUCAGAAAAGAAGUUGAUUCACAGUUCCAACCCUCUUAAUAAUGAUCAAACACAACUAGGGAAAGAAUUAGCUAAGAGUAAGCCAAGUCGAGGUGACACGAAUAAAAAUGACAAAGGAAGUGAUGACAGUGACGGCAAACACCAAAAAGGAACUGGUGGUGGCAGCGGCGGCGGCGGCGGCGGUGAAUCAGAUCAUGAGAUACAUAUAUGGACAGAAAGAGAAAGGAGAAAGAAGAUGAGGAAUAUGUUUGCUAAUCUUCAUGCUUUGCUUCCUCAACUUCCUCCUAAGGCAGACAAGUCCACCAUUGUUGAUGAGGCAAUAAGCUACAUCAAAACCCUGCAACAAACUCUACAGAAGCUACAAAAGCAAAAGCUUGAAAGGCUUCAAGGUGUCACAACUUUCUCUUAUGAGCCAACUAAUAUCUCUUCGGUUUGCCCACAAAAGCUAACUGAUCAAUCAAGGGAGUCAUUCUUAGCAGAUCAUGGAUGUUUUAAUAAAUUGGCAAUUGUUUCAACCAAACCUAAUUCAAAUAAUGUGCUUCCAAUUGAAAGGUAUCCUGUGCUCUUUCAGACAUGGACUUCUUCUAAUGUUGUCUUGAAUAUUUGUGGUGAUGAAGCACAAAUUAGUAUUUGCUCUUCCAAAAGACCUGGCCUCUUCACUACUAUCUGCUAUGCGUUGGAGAAGCACAGCAUUGAGAUGAUUUCUGCUCAUGUUUCCUCAGAUUGCAAUCAAAGCAUGUACAUGAUUCAUGCCCAUGUAAACAGAGCUUCUGCAGAAGCAAUCCCAGUGGAAGAAACAUACAAACAAGCUGUAGGUGAGAUAAUGUGCUGGUGGCCAUUUGACUCAUUUGCUGCUCAAGGUUUUGCACCGAAUUUGCUAAGGAUUUCACGAUCUCUUCAAGAGGUGUGUUGGACUUUUGAGGUGCUGUAUGGGCUUGGUUUCUUUGCUGAUAACUUAGAUAUUGCUUUUGAGGUUGGGAAGUAUUUGCUCAAGAAUGCUCUCACCAUCCCAGCCCAUGAAGUGAUGGAUCCGGGUGCUUCAAAUUCAGCAAAGACAGCAGCUGGUUCAAGAGCAGUAGCUGCUGCAUUUUCUGCCUCUUCAGGUGUUGUUGUGACUAUCUUUAUAGCAGCUGGUUCAGCUACUGUUUUAGGGGCUGGUUCUGGGAUUUUGUUAGCAAAAAUUUAUGCAACUUGUACAGCAACAGAUUCAACAAGUGCAGCAUGUACAGCAGUUUCAGCAAUUGGUUCAUCAACUUAUUCAGCAGGUGUAGCAGCAAGUUCCUCAGUAAUCUGUGCAGUAGAUUGUAUGGCAGUCACCAGAUUUGUUGUUAUUGCUGAUGAAGAUGGUUUGGAGGCUUGA